AUGGAGGAAAUACUUAUGGACUUUCUGAGCAGGCUACCUGUGAAGUCAGUUGUUCGUUUCAAUUGCGUCUCAAAAUUUUGGAAUGCAUUAAUCUCUCAACCUUAUUUUAUGAAGAAACAUCUCAAUCAUGCUAAAAAUCCAGCGAGUUCCCAAAAAUUGCUUUCUCUCCACUGCCAUCCUAAGGAUGCAUAUGAUAAUCGUCUUUACUUCUAUUCGUCUUCUUUAUCCUUGGUUCAACUUGUUAAGGAUACCCGCAUAGUUGAUUGCCCUCCAAAUUCUAAUCCGUCAUAUGGUGCACUCGUCUAUUGUAGCUGUGAUGGCUUGUUUCUCAUCGAAAUCUGGAAUGAACGUUAUGUUCAACAACCUUCAUAUAGUGAUUAUGAAGAUAGUAGUGAUUAUGAAGAUGGUAAUGAUAGUAAUCUCCGAUCUACUUAUGGAUUGGCUUAUGACUCUAUUAGUGAUGACUAUAAAGUCUUUAGGCUGGUCCUGCCUUUUCAUGGCCAAAACGAAAACGAAAUUUUCGCACUGAAAAAAGGUUCAUGGAGAAUUAUUGACGAAACUUCCUCAUCAGGUAUGACAGAUUGUUCUAUGUAUUCUGGUGGGGAAUUUUUGCCAUUUGUAUAUGGAGCAUUUCAUUGGCUUGGUAUCUCAUCAAAGAAGUUGUACGUGGUUUCAUUUAAUAUUUCAUCUGAGGCGUACGGAGAGAUAUCAUUGCCAGAAAUUGUGUGUUUCCUCGCUAUAUCUAAGUGGUCCAAACAUAAAAUUGAAGUUGAUGUAGGUGUAUCAGUGUUGGGAGGAAUGCUUAGUUUUUAUUAUAAAGAUGGCAAAUCUUUUAAUUUAUGGAUGAUGAAAGACGGCCCUGGUUCUUGGAUGAAAUUGUUCACUAUACCAAGCAACAAAAUUUAUAGAGUCAUACCAACAUAUAUGUUUUCAGAUGAUCAAGUGUUACUCUGUUUUAAAUUAGAUUCGAAAACAAUGUCAAGAUUUGUAUAUAGGCUCAUAUCUUUUGGAUCAUUUGGAUUAAGCAAUCACAUAUCGCCUCUAGAUUGUGAUGACAUUGACAUUGAUGCAAUUACAAUUGACAAGGAUAUUGGUAUUGUUUAUAAUGGUAUUGUUUAUACAGAAAGUCUCAUCUCUCCGGAACUAGGUCUCGGGGUGUAA